ACGGAUAGCUUUAAUUCAGAUUCCAGAUAAUCUGUCACGCGGUUGUUCAAUGAUUAGAAGUAUAGAGCUAGGAAAAUGUAAACAGAUGCUGCUGAAUUAUUAGCGGAUAUUUUAAUUUUUGCUUAAUAUUUUCUGACUACGGAUGAAAAAUAGGAAUAGUGAAUUUUAUUCCUGAACAAUGGAGCGACAGCAGAUUUUGAACAUUGUGCUUCUGGCGGCGUUCUUUAACACGAUAGUCCUUGUUGUUUCUGAGUGUGACGAUGCGGACACAAAGAAACAUUCUUGUGUAAGUGACGGUAAAACUAUAAUGAUAUGUUACGAUGGGACAACUAACGUUACCGGUAACGAUGUGCUUUGUAUGCAUGAUAACGAGUGUAACACCACCUACAAGGAUGACGUGUGCGGAAAGUGUGAUCACAACCCAGAUCAAUACCCAUACAAAUCACAGUAUAAAGAUUGUACCGGCGUAUGCUAUGAACCUGACGAGAUGUCAUCAAUGAAGAAAGUAGACAAGUGUGGUGUUUGUGGCGGCACCAAUAGCACGUGCAAUCCUACAGUGACACAUUUAGAUAUUGUCUUACUUCCAGACACAGCAAAUAUCACAUUCAACAUAACUGGCAAAGCCUUGGUAACAUCAGAUGUUCAAAUAUUACUACUGACAUCGGCGGAUUCUCGGGAAAAACGAGAAGCCACAAGCGCCAUGGAAUUUCCAGAAACAUCUGCUGACAAUGCCAUGCUAACUGACACGGGGGAGUCAACUGAUCGUAAGCGGGUAAAACGACGCGUAAAAACGGUUGAAAUGGUUUUAGACAUUGUCAAAGUCUUCGAUGAAACUACAAUGGAAAUAAGAGUUCAUAAUAUCAAUGCAGGUACAUGCGAAGUGGGAGCCAGAUCUGGAGAUGAUGGCGAGGAUUUUGUAAACCAUACAGGGCCAGUAUUAACAGUGUAUGCCGAAUUAGAUUACACGAUAGCCAGCAUGUCACCAACAGAGCAGGAUUUAGACGAUACAAAGGAAGUAACUGUUACAUUACAACUUGAAACGACGUCAAAAGAUCUCAGCAUGGGGAGCAUCUAUGAUAUAACACAACAAUUUAAAUGUUACUUUAGCGGUAGUAUGGACGUAACUCUUACGUCAGCUGCUCACUCGUCUGCUGUCGGUACAUUUGAUAGUUCCACAUCAGCACUUGAAUGUAGCCUGCGUAUACCCGAUAGCUCAAAAGCAACAUGGGUGUGCCCGUCGUUUAAUAAUAUUCACUUGGUUGGCUGUUUGAGAAUUGCUUUCUACGAGCGUGCCCCAGUUCCUGUUGAGGACACCUUGUUUUUCAUUGAGACGGCUGACGGCCUGUAUGUAGACUUUGACAAAGCAGUAUCAUUUAGUACUGGGGAACCAUGUUCAGUAUAUUUUACUGAAAUAAGCACGCUCGGCGCAGAUCCAAGAUGUUAUUUCAAUGAAGAGGGUAAUCGACUUUCAGUCAUGUUUGGGGAUGGCAACACGGUGAGUCCAGACGACACUUUAGAAUUGAAGGCAGGUUUGAUGCCACCUGACGGGGAAUUCAAACGUCAAUCACAGGCUGUUACACUGACACUCAAAGUAUCCCUUGUCACCUGGAAUGUCACUGAUCAUAUUGACAUAGCAACGCUUGGGGCCUGGCCGGAAAUGCUCACAGCGUCUGCUGAAAGUCCAAUAAACUUGAACAUAGAAGAAGUGAACCGGCCAAACGACAGAUCUCCUAAAUCUAUAAUUUGGACUGUAAACGGUGCAGAACAAGAUUCUGCAAAAGACAAGUUCAAACUCGAACUAGAUGUCUCGGAAACCGGGGAAUACAAAAUAAUGGUGUCUGCAACAGAUUUUCUUGGCGGCGAAAGUGUUAUACGACAUACGAUUAAUAAAACAGACCUUGAUAUGCCGACUGUCGUAUUUACAGACGGACGUUUUAUUAUUCAUCCGAACGAAGACUUUACUAUCUCCACAACAAUACAAUAUCCAAGAGAUGGUAGCUCGGCAACAGAUUAUAACUUUCAGUGGAAGAGGAAUGGAACGAACGUAAAUGGAAAAUACAGUUAUCAGUCUUCAAAGGGGGAAAUUACUAUCGAAAUGUGCGGUGAGACCUUUAAAUACAUCCUCGUAGUGUCUUCCAUGAACGACAACUCUAAUUCUAUUGAGUAUUCGAAAACCCUUCUUGUUGAAUGUAGAGAUCCGGUAGCGCGCAUAUCAGGAAACGACAUGAUCAAUGUAGACGUUAGUCAAAAGGACGUGACGCUUUUUGGCAGUUCGUCGUAUGAUCCUGACGGCGGGAACGUUUCUUAUAAGUGGGCUUGCUCUUCAUCAGGUGACACGGACUGCAUUGCUAAAGUAACCAGCUCAAAGUCCAGUUCAACUACAUUAUCCACAGUGACAAUAUCACCAUCUAAAAUGAAGGCAGGGAAGAAAUAUACUAUUUCCCUGACAGUCAGCGUUGAGAAGACAAAUGUAACAUACAGCAACGAGGAUGACGUCAUAUUAGCAGCACAAGCGGGUGACAAACCAGUGAUUCGCUGGGUCACAGAUAGAACCAAAUUUCGUCAUGACGUCCAAAUCAUGGUGAAAGCAUAUGUUGGUACUGAUGUGACAGUAGAAUGGGCAUUCAGGGAUGACCUAGCGCUUUAUGACUGGGUAGAUGCUACCAAUACGACAACAGGAAAGGCCAGUAAAGUUACUGAUGGCUAUUCAUGGUACACCAUCCGGCCUGGUGCUCUUAAACCAGGAAGUCGAUAUAAAAUACAGCUUAAUGUGACUGCCAAGACACAGCUUUAUUCCAUUAAUGAGUACGAUGUGUAUAUAUAUGAACUUCUCAGAGGGUGUUCUGUGGACGUUAGUACAAUGGCAGAAUUAGAACAGUCUUCGGUUUCGCUUAGUAACUGUGCCCAAGACCCAGGUGUGACAUUGUGGUCUACAACAUGCACUGCCGGGGAUAGAGAAUUACAUCUUUACAGUGCUACAUCAGCACUUUAUUUCACCUUCAUCGUCCCGGUUUUUAAGCAAGGUGUAACAAGUGUGUUCCUUAGAUGUAAGAUACUAGACAGCAUAGGAAACUCAUUGUCGGUUAAUUCUACCGAAGUGGCGAUUAUAAAGGCAGUGCAAGACAAGACAGUGGCACAAACAGUUGAAAGUUUAAAACAAACAGGUGAUUUGUUAGGAGCUUUGGCAUUGAUGUCAGAAAUGGCUGAAGACGAGGAAGACGAGGCAGAUCACUUAUUUAAUAACCAAGCCGUUGGGCUUAUCAGGCAGAUUGUCAGCGGAGAUCCUAGCAAUGAUGAUAUACAACGUUCAUUGAAAAGUUUCGGCAGACUUAAAGUUGAGAAAGUAGAGAAACAGGAGACAGAAGGUCUAGCUAACAAUCUGGUCUCCAUGCUGGAUAAGCUUUGUCGUGCGGACAAGCAAAGUAAAGCCAUUGCAUUUAACGUCGAUCAGAUAAAGAAAAUUCUUCAAAAUACCAAGCGUUUGAUGGAAAGCACGAAGAAACUUGGUCCAUUAUACCGGGUCGCCGAAGACAAAUUGGCUUGUAUCAAGAUAAAACUAAUGCAAGAAGGAGACUUUGAAUCAGUAGAACUUGAAAAUGGGGGUAAACAUAAAUAUCUUGUAAAUGCACUUGAUGAUUUAGAAGUAUUUGACCUAGACUUAGAGUUUCCCGAGGAACUUAAAAGCAAGUAUCGUGAUCAGUGGUCCUGUGGAAGCUCACAGAAAUGUAACAAUGUAGCGCUUAAGAUCGAGGAAUAUUUAUCCGAGCCACCAGACCUAGCUUUCGGACGAGCAGACAAAGAAUGCAGCAAAUACGUUUAUGUUGAUUUAUUUAAUCCUUUGUCGGGUGAGCGUAUUUCAGUGUAUAAUUUGGAAGGUACGGUUAAUAUGAACCUGGGAACACAGUGUCCACGUGGUCAGUGCUGGUACUAUGACGAUUUCUUGAAAAGGUACAGCCAGGUCGGCGUUACAACUGCUACAGGCAAAGAUGGAUCCAUUAUGUGCCAGUCGCAUCACCUAACAGCGUUCACUGUCAGAAGCGAACCGGAGUUGUAUCAAGGACUGAACCUUCCUUAUAUCAUUUGCGUGUGUGUUGGGUGUGUUUUUCUCCUGAUAUCAGCGGCAGUGCUACUGAAAUUAUUUCUCGUUAUAAAGCACCGUGCUAAUGCUGUGGACGACGAGACACAACUGGACCUUGAUGAAAUGCCCAAUUAUAAAGACGACUACCCGCUGAAAAAGAGAACAUAUUAACAGUUGUUUUUAUUAAAUGAUUGUGUAUGCUGUUACUUUCAUAUGUUUCGCUUCGCUUUAACUUCCCGGUAUGAUAGACAACGAACAUAAUCUCGUUGUUCCAAACUUAUGCUCUGCAGAUAGUUCCAUCGUUCUGAAUUCGCAUGUCACUCUGUUCAUGAUUAUUUACCAAAUCUGUAGCGAUACAUAAAAUUGUCGAGAAUUCAGGAGUUUCACACUUUUAAUCUUGUGGCCUGCUAUUUCUCACUUAUAGUGGGUUGUUGUCUGAAAUAAUCGAAUUUGUACGGCCUUGCUUACUCCCAAGCUGUGACCUUAGUUAUCUCCCCGAAAGUUUGUCAAGACUAAAAUGAAUUGAAAAUGAUAGUUACGUCAUGAUGAAUACGUGUUUAGAUUUUUGAAACAAAUAAAAAACAAAGGUCUUUAAAAUGAAGUUUUUUUUAAAAACUGUAAUUGCAUGAUUGAAACAAUAAGAAGCUUUGUAAAGAAAUAAAGUAAAUAACGACCAGGGAGCCAGUGACAAACUUGUUCGCAAGUGGGAUUACAAUGCGACCAAUCGAAGUUUGAUUCCCAGCCGAGGCUGAUAACCCGGCUAGUUGUCAGUGCGUGCUGGGUGAUUUAUUUUUCCUGCAACAUCGGCUUAGACUGGAUGCUAGGAAGGUUAUGAUGACUCGUCUAGAAAUAAAUUGUUCCAUCCAUUCGCCAACUACCCAACCAAAUCAAGAAACCUUAAACUUUACCUUUACUGUCACUAUUUAAUGUUGUUAUGUGAUUAUUCGUGUAUACAGUGUAUGUACAUGUAUAUUCCUGUCUUUGUGAUACUUAUCUUUAUGCAUUUAUAUAUAGAAGCAACGAACGCCUUUAGUAGGUGGAAUGUUUAAUUAUAUAAGUUUUGUUAAAUACUUCAAAACGAUCUUUACUAAUACAUGAUUUAAUAGAAUGAAACCUGUUUUCUUUCAAUUGUAACUCCAAACGAUGAUGUUGCCGUGCAUGGAGGAUUGUUGAUUUUUCGCAGCUUAGAUCCUAAACGACAUGAUUUCAAACAAUUGCAUGUUACCAGAUUGUAAAGUGUCAGCCUUUCACAGGGACUGGGCAUUGCAAUAUCAUUGUACAGACAGGUUAAAACGAGUUAUUUAAGCAAGCUUAAAGCUAGUAAAUGUAGUUAAUAUAAUGUAUUAAAUUAACAAAUGGCACAAUUUAUAGAAUAAACAA